CACACGUUUACUGGUGCACCCAGGAUUUGCUGUUGCCUAGGCCCGGCCCUAGCUGGGGAAAGCUCAGCUGUUAAUGUUAUUAAAGUAUGCAGUGAUUUCUGUGCCAAGUAUCUUGAAGAUCCAAACUCAUUGAAAGACUGCCAACGUAUGCAUUCUACAUAUAUGCCCGUGUACAUUUACAUUGUACCUAUGGACAUGUACAUGUCGAUCCGACAAAGAAGUGCUUAGGAAUGUUGGGUAUCUUAUGGUGAACGGUUUGAACGUUUCUGAACAUCAGCUCUCACUGGUUGGAUGUAUAGUACAUGUGCAUAUGUCAGCCGCAAUGUUUCAUUUUGACAAUGAACCCGUUGAAAUUCUCCGAGCAGAACAAUUAAGCAGUGAAGUCUUUAACCAGAGAUACAGAAAUAAACAUCCGAUAAUUCUCAGUCAAGUCAUCUCUGAUUGGCUACCUAAAACUAAAUGGACAACCAGUUACCUUCAGAAAGCAUUGAAGCAUCAAUUUCAAGACGGCCUCCCGGUUUUUGUUUCACAUGACAAUCGGCAAUUCAUUAAUCACCCAGACGUGACAAAAACAAUCACUUGCACCGCAGAAGAAUUUUUAAGUCGUGUAUUUAAUGGUCAAGAUGUUUGCAACGUCCAAAUCCCAACCACUGCCUCUGAUGAAGAUGGCCAAACUGAAAAGCAGCGGUAUUAUCUCAGAACCUUCUCAAUGCCCGAGAUCUUGUUCCGAGACAUUAAUGUUCCAAAUCAAAUCAAGGCUCUCUUGGAUGUUGUAUGCUACAUCAAAGAUGAGGAUUGUUUCAAUCACAGAGAGCUGUUCAGCCAGGAUAUAAGUAGUAAAGGUAACGGGCAUUGUCCGGUACAUGACUUGGAGUCUGCAAGUGAUAAAGAGAUUGGUUCCCCAUGGGAGGAAAUGUUGUCACCACCUUGCAAUUGUGCUACAAGUUGUAAUGAUGAUUCUUCUCUGGCACCACUUGUGAAACAAAACCAAUCACCGAUCAAAUCCACUAGUUUUCAAGUCCAGGACACAAACCAGCCCUCUAAAUCAGAAAGCUCUGAACAGAGAGAUGCCGUGGAGGAGAUUCAGAAAUCUGGUCAUCGCCACAGCAACAAGUCAGUUGCAUUGGAAUGCCAGGAAAUAUAUACGCGCAUAUUUAACCAGUCCACAAUGCAGCUAUGGAUUGGAACGCGGGGUAACAUCACUCCACUUCACUAUGAUCGCAACCACGGUUUGUUGGCACAAAUUCUCGGGAGAAAAGAACUCAUUCUCUUCUCACAUGAAGACACGCACAAUGUAUACCCUCAUGUUAGUUACCCUGAGCGUGCUCACACUAGCCGUGUAGAUCUUCACAGACUUGCAGACGACAAAAGGUUUCCAAAGUUAAGGAAUGCUCAGCCUUACCAUUGCAUCUUACAACCCGGUGAACUGCUAUAUAUGCCUCCAUUUUGGUGGCAUGAUGUCACCUCUCUUGAUGACUGUAUUUCAGUUACUCUGCCGUGGGACAUCAGCAGUAAUGAAGACGUUCCUGUUUGUAUGUUUAUGUAGAGCUGUGUGUGCAACAGCAGGUGGAUUGUUACUGACUCCCAUGCAUGUCCAAAGGGACGUGGGAGGCUAGGAUACGCCACACGCGCGCGUGUAUUGAUUCACACGCAUACAGCGUUUAUGUAUGUACCACUAUUUUGUUCCAAGUGUCCUUAAACACUCAAAGACAUCUUCACCUGAGCGUCAGGCAUCAUUGGCAAUAUGUGUUUAAGAGUCCCCUGCUGUGGUCUCCAUUUGUAACCAUUGAGGGAAUCUGUUUGGCUCUGUGCAUGAUAUGAUGGAUGUAUUGUUAGUAUUGAAAUAUUACAAAAUAUCUUUGUAAAAGUCGUUUUAAUGGCAAUAUCUGUAUAAAAUGUCAUACAUGUACAUGUAGUUCCAAGAACAAAAGUUUAAAGGUAUAGGCUAAAGUUGUACCAGUUUUUCAAGAUUUAUAUUUGAUAUUAAACAAAUUGAUAUACAUUGUAAACUAGCAGGAGCCAAUGGCAAAGCAACUGGGAAAAAUCUGAUAUAAAAAAAGGAAACAAGAGAUCGAGGAAAUAUAAUGUGAGAACAAAACUUGAGCCAAAAAAGAAAAGAAAACAGAAUAUAGAUCAUAUACAUGUAAGUUUUAUUAAUAUGUUGUGUAUACUUUCAUGUAGUUUCCUCCAACUGCUCUCAGUAUUACAAAACCUCAUUAUGGAUGAGCUUCAAAUUCAUUCAGUUAAUAUUUCUGCAAGCUUAGCAUACUACAGGGGUGGUAAAAAACACACUGCAACCCAUACUUCCACUAAUCAGAGACCUACACUAUUGAUAUAUUUGGAUAGGACAUGUUGUUAGAAAGAAAA